CUUUAAUUCGCCUGAUUAGGAACUGUUGUGGUGGUUCUUUUGAAGACUGUGGUUUUUUUUUCCUCAUUUGAAACCUUGGUGAUGUUGAGUGCAGGAUUUGUGUGUAUUAUGGGCUGUCAGAUGAGAAGACUGCAGUGUUGAGAAGACGCUGUGUGGAUGAAGUGCGACUCGACGCUGACAGAGAACUCGACCACUGCCACUUUCGGUAACUCCCACUAGUCGCUUGGCUGCUAUUUCCUGCAGCGAUGUGAGAGUGACGAGGAAGAGCAAAGAGGAAAAACUUCGAUCAGUUGAAUUUUAAAUCUGCAUAUUUCUGCUGGUCCACGGAGCAUGAAGUGAGGAGAAAUGAAGGAUCGACUGGAUGACCUGAAUAGUAUUAUAUCUAAAAACUCCCAGGAGGAGCCUUGUGUAGAGAACGGGGAGAACGUAGACAAUGGUGAGCUGGAGCAGCAUGCCGUGGUGUUUGAGGGUGAGGAGAUCAUGGACGACGUGUUUAAGGAGGCCCAGUCUAUGCACAAAAAAAUAGCUUACCUCAGAUUGGAGGUGAAGAGGCUGGACAAGCAGAACACCCGUUUUCUCACCUCAGUCAGACGCAUCAGCAGCAUCAAGCGGGACACCAAUGCCAUUGCACGCAGCAUCAAAGCUGAAGGAGAGAAGCUGUAUGCGAGGCUUCAGCAGAUGGAGGCAAAGUGCAAAGAGCUGGAGGAGAAACACGGGGCCCACUCUGCGUUAGCCCGCAUGGUGCGCUCUCAGUACAACUCUUUAACCAGUGCCUUCCAUGAUGCAAUGUCUGAGUAUAAUGAGGCUGAGAUGGCACAAAGGGAAAACUGCAAGAUACGCAUACAGCGACAGACAGAGAUCAUGGGCAAGGAGGUGACUGGGGAUCAGAUCGAAGAAAUGAUCGAGACUGGUAAGUGGAACGUCUUCUCGGAUGACCUUGUCACAGACGAGAGAGCCUUCCGCUCAGCGCUCAACGAGAUCGAGAACCGUCACAAGGAGCUUCUAGAGCUGGAGAGCCGCAUUCGGGACAUUCGUGAGCUCUUUUUUCAGUUGGCUCUGAUGGUAGAGCAGCAAGGGGCUAUGGUGGAUAACAUUGAGGCUAAUGUAUGUGCAACAGAAGAAUUUAUAGGCAAGGCUACAGUUGAGAUCAAGAAGGCUGUAAAAUAUAAGAAGAAGAACCCGUGUAGGCAGCUCUUCUGUUGUUGUUUCCCAUGUUGCAAUAAGUGAAGUAUAAUAUGCUUUACUGCUGUCUCAUGGCAUUCCCGUUUCAAAAUAACAGAUUAGCUUAACAAAUGCAUAGUGGAUUUGUGUAUUUAAUUGACAUGUCUUUGGUGGAGCUGCAUGUGGUUGUUGCACAAUGGUCAUGUGACUAACAGGCAUGCACAUUUCACCAGCCAGUUAAUUUUUUUUUAUAUUGGGCAGAGAAUACUGGCAAGUCACCUGAACGUGUUGUGACAUGGUGUGACAGAACCCAGUAUCUUGUUAACCACUAGAUCAGCAAUACAUGAAAACUGCACUGCUUAUUAUCCCAAUGGAAUACUUGUGUUGUUUCUGUUCUGUGUUUAAACAUUAAUAUGAUACCUGUGUAGAAAUGAACUGUGGUAUAGUAUUUAUGUUUUAAAAUUAAUUAAGAUGUACAAUAGUUGCAAAGUAAAAAAAGAUGCUUUAUAUUUAAGAGGGUCCAUAAACUUUAUUGAUGUAUAUUGUUUUCAUAAUUGAAUAAAUAAUUUUAACUUUGG